CGCAAGCCUCGGAGGCUGGGGUGCAAAGAUUGGAGACCAUCUUCUACAGGGCUCCUGGCCAGCCGAGAUACGAGUCAAAUCCUCAAACUACAGAGAGCUGUAUGCAGUCCUGGAGGCGUUAUUAAGGGGAGAGAGUCUCUUAAAAGGGCAACACCUAAGAGUAAUGUCCGACAACACCACAACGGUGGCCUAUCUGCGACAUCAAGGAGGGACAAGGUCACGGCCUCUGGGUGCGUUAGCAAGAAGAAUCUUCUCCUGGGCAGAAGAGAACGUCUUAUCUCUCUCCGCCAUCCACCUAAAGGGCUGCGAAAAUACGAUAGCAGAUUUCCUGAGCAGGAGGACGAUAGAUCCAGGAGAAUGGUCUCUGAACAGGGACAUCUUCCGGAAGAUCUCGGAAAGAUGGGGCCAUCCGGAGGUAGACUUGUUCGCCUCCAGAAAAAAUGCGCAGGUGGAAUGCUUCUGCUCCCUAAACCGGGAGGACAGACCCUGGGCAAUCGAUGCCCUAUCGAUUCACUGGAAUUGGAACCUGGCCUACGCCUUCCCCCCAAUACCUCUUCUUCCCAGGGUCAUCCAGAAACUCCUAGGGGAACCAACUACUCUGAUCUUAAUAGCCCCUUUGUGGCCAAAGAGGAGUUGGUUCUCCACUCUAAAACAGCUAUCGCUGGAGGAUCCAUGGGAAAUCCCUUUCCAGAAAGAUGUUCUAGUCCAGGGCCCUCUACUUCAUCCAGACCCCGGGAUAUUCAAACUGUCAGUCUGGAUCCUGAGAGCGAGACAUUAAGAAACAGGGGUCUUUCAGAAAAGGUGAUAUCUACCCUAAGGGCCAGUAGGAAAAAUGUGACGUCUGCCAUCUACCUAAAGAUCUGGAAGAGAUACUGUUCCUGGUUAGGAGUGGAGCGCCCAGACACCUCCUCCCCUCCCAUCAAUAGGAUCUUGGACUUUCUGCAGUGCGGCUUGGAAUUGGGCCUAAGACCUAGUACCCUGAAAGUCCAGGUUUCUGCUCUCAGCUCCUUUUAUGACUGCAGCCUAGCUAGCCACAGAUGGAUCAGGAGGUUCUUUAGAGCGGUUUCAAGAUUGAGACCCUCUCUGAAAUCGAGGGCUCCUACUUGGGACCUUAACAUAGUCCUUGAAGGCCUAACAAAACCUCCCUUUGUACCGUUAUCAGAAAUCUCUUUAAAACACCUUUCCCUAAAAACUGCCUUGGAGAGAUCCAGGCCCUUUCUUGUAGGGAACCCUACCUCCAGAUCACCCAAGAUCACAUCCGUUUAACUCUCGAUCCAGGUUUUCUCCCAAAAGUAGUCUCCCCCUUCCAUCGGGAACAGGAGAUCUUUCUACCUUCCAUCCCCAGAUCUGAAUCUUCAGGGUCUAGUGUUAAUUUACAUCUCUUAGAUGUCAGGGAUACAGUGAUCCAGUACCUGGAUUCUACCAGGGAUUUUAGGGUUGAUGGCAAUCUCCUUGUUCAGUUUUCGGGGAAAAAUAAGGGAAAGAAACUAGCUAGGUCUUCCAUAGCCAGAUGGAUCAGAUCCACCAUUGAAUAUUGUUACAGGUUCCAGAAUAUACCCAGUCCUGAUAAUGUUAAGGCCCACUCUACCAGGGCCACUGCCUCCUCUUGGGCUGAGAAAGGAGGAGUCUCGCUGGACCAGAUUUGCAAGGCUGCAACCUGGUCAAGCACCAAUACUUUCGUAAAACAUUACCGUCUUAAUCUUCCGGAUUCGAAUGAAACUCUUUUCGGCCGGAGGGUUUUACAGGCGUUAUCCCCACCCUUUUAGUUAUCUGUUAUGUCUCAAUGUGGGCCGUCAUGGUGGAUGAAAUGGAAAAACCGCAAUUAGACUUACCGGUAAUUCCGUUUCCUUGAAUCCACCAUGACGGCCCAUACUAUUCCCCUUCCCAAAAAAAAAAAAA